AUGAUUUGCAAGCAUGGUGAGUGGGCCAAUAAACUUUACCUGGAAUAUUCAUGCAUUAACAUACUCUUAUUAGGUGUUUUGAGGACCUACAAGCUCAUCUAUGAGCCAGCUGAUGUUCAGCAUGCAAUUUUCGGUAGAUCAGAUUCCCAAAAUCAGUGGAGUGUGGAUUCCAGAUUCUUGCGUGAAAUACUUGAACAUUUUGGCCGUGGUGCAGAGCAUUUAGACGUAUAUUGCGAAGAUGGCCGGGCAGUGUUCACUAGCUAUACAGAGAAAGUUAUAGCCGGGACAGAAAUACUGAAGCAGCCGGUUCAUACGUCCGUGGCAAUCGAGACACGAGACUUUGUUCAUUUUAGCGUCGAAGAAGGACUACAUGUUGCUAUCAGCUUAAGAGAUUUUAGGGCUGUUAUUCUUCAUGCAGAUACGCUCAAGGUCCCCAUCACCGCUCGGUAUACACGGCCGUGUCGGCCUCUACAAUUCUCCUAUGGUAUACCUGAGAUGACUUGUGAAAUCACGCUGAUGACGCGUGGGGAAUGCAUUGAUGAAACGGAGUCGGUUCCAUCGCAGAGUAAUGGGGCGCGGGAGGUUCCAGCACGACCUGCGCAACAAGUUGUAGUGAGUGCUGGGGGAGAUGGAGUUUCCAGGGAACAGCAGCAGCCAAUGCAGGUACAUGCGCAGGUACAACCCGAACCACAAAUAUCAAUGCUGCCACCAGCCUCUCACGGGCAAGGUACGAAGCAGAUCACAUCCCUUGCACCCGUCGCGCCAAUAGAUCAUGAGAGCUUGUUUGUUGCAGCAGAUGAUGAUCGCCAGUGGGAUGAGCCUCACUACGAGGAGGAAGAGAGGGAGGAUAUGCUUCGCUGGGACUCAAACCUGGACCAGGUAAAGACCUUUCUCAUACCCAUAGAUUCCUUGAUAUUGAUGAAAUCGUUUGUAUAG